GAUUUGUUGGCAUCAACGGUAAACCCUGUCCCAGAUCACUUCACAGACUAUGCAUACCUAAGUACUUGGGACAGGCAACACUGUUCACGAGCAUCUCUACGAUCUCAUGAUGCGGUAAGGAUGUCGUAUAAUGUGUAUGGAGACUGACAAAUAAGAAGAUAGAUUACCUCCUCCCCAGGGUUCGACUCUUGACCUUUCUGUGUCCGUACUUGGAUAAUAGAUACCAAGCUGGUUGUAAUUGAGAUGUGAGAAUGUGAGCUAGCGGUCGGGAGUCAGCCCCGCAGCAAGGAAGGCGUAAUUCGUUAAACGGCUGUUGGUCUUCAGCAAUCAGCCUCGAUCGACGGAGCAUGUCUGAAAUGCUCUGCAUAGCAACCGGCCAGUGCCUGACAAAUUCGUACCGCGAUCUUGCAUUGGUCCGUCCGGUUUAUCGACGGAUUCGCUGUAAACGGCCCGCCUAUUGGCGGACGGACGCACAAAUGGCGAACCUCUUGGAACGCAAACUGGUCCGCGUGUGUUUCAGUGGCCACCAUCAAUAUCACGCGGCUCGGUGGGCAAGCUAAGGAAUUGUUAUCCGUAUCGAGAUAAGACGAAAAAGGGAAGCAAGAAACCUUUUCAGCUUCCUCCAUGGUCAAACUAGCAGUUGAAUGCAACGCGUGUGUGUAGCCUUUGCUGUGGAGAGGGCACUUCACGCAAUUGGACCGCGGGAAAGCUUUUUGGCGGGAAACGACGUACUGAGGGAGUCGACAUCGUCACUGGUAAAACAGGGUCAAUAUUUCAACAAACAUCAUUACUCGACGACAUCGAAAGUCUCCUCUAUGUUUGGCGCUGUAACUCCGUCGAUUGAGAGACAGUUGGGUAGCAGGGAAAGCAGAGCGGGAAGGCGCAACUGCUGACUUUGGAACGACAUGAUCCAAGUCUCCGGGCCGACUGAUCCACCGACCCCGUCCAUGGAUCCCAACCAUGUGGUCACAGCCGUCUGGAAUUGGGCGGAUGCCGGCGGCGCCGCCUCCACCACGCCCGUCCCGAGCCCCACGGCCGCCGCGGUGCAGGGACCCGGAUGUGCAGUGUGGGAGCCCAUACAGAGCAUCGUUUUCCAGGUAGCCUCCUUGCUGUUCCUUCUGGGCUACCUGGCCCCCUCCACCGGCUACGCCGCCACCUUCGUCAUGCACACCUUCCUCAGCCUCGGCUUCGUUGCGCUGUCCCUAUGGGGGCUCCUCUACACGUGCGCCGUGGACAUCUUCGUGUGGAACCUGGUCUUCUGCCUUCUAAAUCUCUGCCACGCUGGGUACCUGGGCUUCCAAGUCAGGCCCAUACGGUUCACUCGCGAGGAAAGGGACCUCUACAGUGCCGUAUUCAAGCCGUUUCAAGUGCCCCGAACAGUGUACAGAGACCUGUGUAAUCUGGGCAAGAUCAGCUCCUUGAAGAUAGGGGAACAUUACGCCGAGGAGGGGAGGACGCCUUGCAACCGCCUCUCCAUCAUAAUCUUUGGCAAAGUGAAGGUGUUUUCCGAUGGGGAUUUUCUCCACAACAUCCAGGAGAAACAGUUUCUGGACUCGCCGGAGUGGGACUCCUUCAGUCAGACCGAGACCAGGGAAAACUUCCAGGUGACCCUAACAGCCACCACGUACUGCCGUUACAUGAGCUGGCAGCGAGACAACCUGAGGGACUUCCUGGAGCGGCAGCCCUACCUGAAGCAGGUCUUCAACAACCUGAUCGGCACCGACAUCACUAGGAAGCUGUACCUGCUGACAGAGCGCAACCUCAACCAUCGGGGCUCCAGGGCCGACCUCCGCCUACCUAGCGUGGCCAGGGAGGCGUCGCCCAACCACGACCUGCAGGGCCACCUGGCGGCCGGCGGCAUGGGGGCCUGUGGGGUUGGAAUCCCCGUCCUGGGGACCAGCCAGAACCAGGACAGCUUCCUGCAGGUGCCUUACGGCCAGGAGUUCGCCAAGCCCCGCCCACGGGCAGACGCCAAGGAUGCAGCCUACGACAACGUAUAUUCCAAGCGAUAACGAGACGAUGCCGAAGACCUGAGAGACAAAGGAGUUGUUUCCAUUGUUGUGUCUGGCCAGCCAAAGGAGUCUUCGAUGCUUUGAUACGCGACUUCGUCCGUGGUGUUUACCAGCACCGCAAUCGACGCGUUAGUCGAUCAAAACGGAAUUGGAAAGUCGCACCAUAUCGUCGACUUCUCCAGGUCGUCUCUGAUGUGGAACAGUGAAGGUUUGGGUACAACUGAGUACAUGAUAUCCUCACCUUUGAUACUAUGGUCUCUACAUGGAAGAGACUGAUGCUCGCUGGCGGCGCAGUUAAACCUGUAUAAAUAUUAACACGCCAAUGGUCGCCAAGGGCAUUUUAUCUACACAUACAGUCCGGAUAAUAUAUUAACAUUUCUUAUUUAUCUGCGGUGAAAGUCGACUUAACGUUUGUUAUUUCAGUUGCACUUAAUGAACAGAGUAUAAUCAGUAUUAGGACACGAGUUAAUUUGUAUAAGCACUGCUUUCGUUUCUUUGUGGUAAUCGUAUUGCAGCGGGUUGUCCCGGACUGUACCGUGGUUAAACCAUUUUAGCAGCGAUUUCAUGCCCAGAGUUGCUCAGUCAAGAUUUGUCAAAAACCUGUCCCUGAUUCUGCUGAUAUCUGUACAUUAAUUUCUUGAGGACUACUUUUUGUGCCCGUCCAGUUUGGUGAAUCGGUUGUAUUGUUGAGUAAAGUGGUUUUCAAGUUGAGGGAUGUUGCCUGAAUCUCUAUUAUUUUCGUUUGGGAUAGUUAACUCUCUGUCGUUCGAAUCGGGAAGAUUAUGACACAUAGGGAAGUCACUGCGUGUAUCCGGUUGGUAAGUGUGACGUCACUUCAGUUUAAACUACGAACACUGCGCACGUGCAAUGCACCUAGGGUUACAUGCAUUGAUCGCCGUUUACAUGGAACCGUGGAACUGGAAUUUAACACGCAACUUCAGCGAUUGUCCAAUGAGAGCCUGCAAAUCGUGGCGCAUCCGCCUUUGGCGCGAAGUCACUUACGAACCGGAUACAUACCAGAGGGAGAUGCAGGUCUAUCAAUAAGAACGUCAGAAAGAUCUCCGUGAAUUGUGAAUUCGGUGGAUUUGGUGGCCAAAAUUAUGGGCGAAGGUGCGAAGAGAACCGAUAUGAUUAGUUCAAUUGUCAAUUAUCUCAUAAAUUAGGCUUGGCCUCAAACUAUGUGAUAUAACGCCUUUUAUCAUCACUGACCACGUGAUCCCGUAUUAAACUACGAUACAUCUUUGGUUUGUUUGAUUUUAAAUAUCGACAUUGAUAUUUUGAAUAAAUA